AUAAAGCAAAAAAAAUAAUAAGAGAAAAUAAGACGGAGACACAAUAUUGGGACAACCCAUCUCUAUUGUCUUUCUAACAAUACUACUGCAGAGCCCGUGCAGCUGGAGCGCAACAAGGGGUUGUUUCAAUUCACAAGAAAACAUGGUUGCCGUGGUUACAGUAAGCAGUAAGUUUCAAAUAAAUUGAGAAAUCUUUGUAGAUUUUCUGGACAACCACUCAUCUCAAGAAACUUUACAGUCGACACGUUACGGAUGAACAGUUGUCGCAAAAAAUCGACAGACAGAGAUUCCUCCAUUUGUAGUCUAUAAGAACAUCAUGAGACCUCCUGUGACGCUCUUUUAUCUCCUCAUCAUCAUGGCUGAAAGCCUUGCAACAAGCAACAAACCCCGCAGGAGUGUUUACUUCCAAGAAAUGGACAUGAAACUGUUCAAAGAGUCUGGCUUUGGCAGUUUGAGCUCUUUGAUGAUAAGAGAUGACAUUGGUCAGCUUGUUGUUGGAGCCAAGGGGAAAGUGCUCACUCUCAGCUUGGAUGAUGUAAGAAAAAAGACCAGUGAGGCUGAAUGGACAGUCAGCUCAGCAGAUGUAGCCCUCUGUCAAAUGAAGGGCAAGGACAAGAAGGAUUGUGAUAACUUCAUCCGCACCCUACACACAAUGGAGGAUGGUACAAUGCUUGUUUGUGGAACGAAUGCCUUCAAUCCUGCAUGUGACUACAUGACUUUCAAAAAUGGAAAACUCUCCCUGGAAGGAAAGAAGCAGGUAGGAAAAGGGAAAGUUCCUUUUGACCCCUACCAACAUUUUGCUUCUCUUAUGGAUGGAAACACUUUAUACUCGGCAGCUUCCUCCAACUUUCUAGGCACAGACCUGCUGUUUCAGAGACAUGGAGAGAACCCCCUCAAGACUGAAGUGAAGCGUUCUUGGUUCAACGAGCCCACCAUGAUUUCCAUAAGCCUUGUUGAAGCCAGUAAGAACAGCGAGGACGGUGAAGAUGACAUUGUUUUCUUGUUCUUUACUGAGAGCGCUGUGGAGGAACAUCAUGAUAACAUCCAGGUGUCGAGGAUAGCCAGAGUGUGUAAGAGUGACCUCGGGGGUGAAAGGACCCUGCAGAAAAAAUGGACUUCUUUCUUGAAGGCCCGUCUGGAUUGUCAGCCUGAUGAUGCGGGCUCACCCACUCUUCUUCAGGAUGUUUUCCUUCUCCGAGACCAAAAUAACUGGAGGGAUAACGUCUUCUAUGCCACAUUUACCUCCAACUCGGAGGCCUCAGGUGACUGCAGCAAAUCAGCUGUCUGUGCAUACAAGCUGUCUGAUUUGAGUCAGGUGUUUAGUGGGAGGUUUUUGACUGAGAGUGAGAGUGGGAACUGGGAAACAUAUACAGGAGAGGAGCCAUUCCCCCACCCUGGUUUAUGCAUUAAUAAUGAAAUGCGGGCCAUGGGUGUGAUGACCUCUCUCGACCUGUCUGACAAAACCCUGCUGUUUGUAAAGAACCACCCUCUGAUGGAGGGGGUGGUCGCACCGAUAACCGGCAAGCCUCUGCUGGUCCAGACAGGAGCACAAUUUUCCAAAAUUGUUGUGGACCAAGUCACAUCACUGGAUAAACAACAAUAUCAGGUCAUGUUUAUUGCCACAGACUCUGGUUGGCUGCAGAAGGCGGUGAGAUUUGAUGGUGAGGACGGCCGCAUCAUUGAGGAGCUGCAACUGUUUCACACUCCUCAGCCUGUCAACUUCCUCCAGCUUUCCUCCAAAACAGGCCAGCUGUACAGCGGCACCAGUAACUUUGCUGUUCAGGUUGAUAUAAGGGACUGCAGCCGCUACACAUUGUGCCAUGAUUGCCUUCUCUCCAGAGACCCACACUGUGGGUGGGACAAGAUCAGAGACCAGUGUGUGUCUGUUGUUGGUGCAUCAGCUGGGUCUAUGAUUCAGAGUCUCAGUGAUGGAGACAUUAGGAUGUGCCCGACCUCUGACUUGGAAAAGAAACCUGCCAUCGUCCACCUCACUGUUGGGAUAAUGCAGCUCCUCCCAUGUUCCCCUGAUACCAACCUCCCAGUCAGCUGGCGCUUCUUUGACAGCAUCCUCCCUCCUGGUCCCCGAUACACUGUGCUCAGCCAGGGUCUUAUCUUCAGAACCUCCUAUUCUGAUGCUGGGCUAUACACCUGUGAAACAGUAGAAACAGUGAAGGGCAAAGUGCACCGGAAGACUGUGGUCCAGUACCUUGUCCAGGUUCAGGACACUAACGGUCUUGUUAGGAUACUGAAGACGGCUGUGAUCAUCUUGGCUGUUUUUUCCACUGUGUUGACAGUGCACAUGUGCAUAGGCCCCCUGAUCAUACACAUAAAGGCAAAAAAGCAAAAUAACAUUGGUUUUCACAAUGAAAACAGCAACAACAAUCAAGCAAUCACUCUGAGGCCUUUCUGUCAUUAUGACCGGACCAAAGAUGGGCACAUGGAGGACAGUCGAGUUCACAGUGACUAUGCAGAGGGGCUCCACGUGGAGGCUAACACUGGGGGCGAUGCUGCCACAGAGGAGGAGCAGAACAUGGAUACUUGACAUAACUGAGUGCUAUGUCUAUAUUCACUCUCCCAGAAGUCACUGUAGCAAAAGUGGCUGAAGAGGACAUGAAGGCAGACAAUGGCUGCAAUGGUUAUUGUUUCAUUGUAUGGUAUUGAAUGUAUUGAAAGUGGAAAAUGAAAUGUGAAAGAAAA